AGCCGGCUUGAAUUCGGCAUUCAUUCAACUGAACGCAACACUGAAGAAAGCGAUCAGCGAAAGCGUCGGAGAUUACAAAGCGAUUUUUGAGUGUAAACUCAUUGAAUUUAUCGUGUACAAGUGAAGAUUAUCAGUAUUAUCCAGUGAAGAUGUCGAUGUACCCAUUUUUCUUCGACUACGAGCGUCCUCGCCACAACCCGCGCCGGUUGCUCGACCAGCAUUUCGGCUUGGGAUUGACACCGCAAGACCAGCUAACCAUCAUCGCUGUUCCUCAAGCCAGCCGCGACUACUACAGACCUUGGAGAAACCUUCAAGCAGCAGCUCAGGACGCUGGCUCCACCAUCAAAGAAGAUAAGGACAAGUUCCAGGUGAAUUUAGAUGUCCAGCACUUCGCGCCGGAAGAAAUCUCAGUGAAGACGGUAGACGGUUACUUAGUGGUGGAAGCUAAGCACGAGGAAAGGCAGGAUCAGCAUGGAUUCAUCUCCAGAAGCUUCACCAGACGGUACGCGUUACCAGAAGGUAUUGAUGCCGACUCAGUGAUGUCUAAAUUGUCUUCUGACGGUGUUCUCUCCAUCACGGCGCCCUUGAAGCCACCUCCGAAGGAAUCCAACGAGAGGGUGGUGCCCAUCAUUCACACUGGACCCGUGAAGAAGCAGGAGAACAAGGAAGAGCAAAGUUAGAACAUUCCAGAUGUGUUUAGUGGAUUAUUAUCAUUCCGUGCUAUUCUGAUUGUUAUGUUGAACUUGCCGAGCUGUGCUUGCUGUGUUGUGUGAUUAUUUUUCUAAACGAUACUGAUUAUUUUUUUGUAAGUUACAAAUAAAUGACGUUCUAGUCAUUAAUUUUA